GCGCCGGAGUCCAAAAAAGAAGACACGCUGAAGGAUGGAUGGAUUCUCCUCCUUGCGAACAGGCAGUCAAAAGAGAUACCAAGUCCUCCUGCUGCUCCACUUUGUCCGUUCUCUCUUCAUUUCUCUUCUUCCGUAUUCUUCUUCCUUGACUUUCCCUCUUUCUUAUUCUCUGAAUCACCGCAUUUUCUCUUAACUCCCCCCUCCUCUCAUUCUCUUCCCUUUUUCUUACCCCAUUCUCUGCUCGCACCUCCAACCGGCCUGUCAGCAGUUUUGGGAGAGGAAGAAGAAG